CUGGACCAACAAUAAAACAGCUAAUGAUGCACUCACUGACGAAGGUAAAGUUGAGACCAGGCCACUUCUCCUGUCUCUUCUAAUUUCUCCUCCAAAAGUUGCCUCCUUUUUCUCAUUUCCCUAAUCUUCUGCUUCCAUUUCUGAAUCCAGUAGUUGAGAAUUCCUCUAAAUCAACACUUACCCAGUAGAGAUCCCUAAAUUGGGGAAAGGAGGUGGGUGUUUCCCCAGCAAGACAAGGUCCCCCAUUGGAGUACCACCUGAUCCCAACAGUACCCAAGCUUCUCCAGCUCCAUUGAUUCCAGAAGAACCAGCAGCAGAAGAAGAACAACAAAGUCGAAUCAUUACUACUGUUCAGAAGACCAGCAAUGGAGAAGUAGUAGUAAGCAAGAGACGGCUCAAGAUUUUCAUCAUCUUCUACUCAAUGUACGGGCAUGUGGAGAUACUGGCGAGAAAGGUUCGGUUCCAUGGCUGCUCAGAUGAAUGGGUUUUUUUGACAGUACUCAUGAGCUGUGGAUGGAGCAAAAACUGGCUGGGAAACCAGCUGGGUUGUUUGUCAGUACUGGUACUCGAGGGGGAGGCCAAGAGACCACUGCAUUGACAGCAGUAACUCAGCUAGUCCACCAUGGAAUGGUGUAUGUUUCAAUUGGAUACACAUUUGGAGCUGGAAUGUUCAGAAUGGAUGGCAUCAGAGGAGGUUCUCCUUAUGGCGCAGGGGUGUACUCUGGAGAUGGAAGCAGAGAACCGAGUGAAACUGAACUGGGUCUUGCUGAACAUCAAGGAAGAUACAUGGCCACUUUGGUCAAAAGAUUUGGCCAUUCCCCAUGAAUUGACACCUCUGUGGGAAGAACUUCAACAUAUCUGCAUAUGAUUCUUUUUGUAUAUAGGAUUGAGUUGGGAUUGGAUUGGAU